AUGUCACGGCGAGAAAAGAAAGACUACAAGAAAAUCCUGAAGAUAGCGAAGAGGGCAGUUCCUGGGCUUAAAUUAGAACGUGUUAUUGUAGACUUUGAAGCUGCUAUAUGGAAAGCCAUAUACAGUGUUUUUCCCGAUGUAGCAAUCCAGGGGUGUUCAUUUCAUUGGACCCAAGCUGUGUGGCGAAAGGUUCAACACCUCGGUCUUCAAGUACCGUAUAUGGAAAAUGGCCCCGUCCAUGACUAUAUACGGGAAUUGAUGGCAUUACCAUUCCUACCAGAAGAGCACAUCAAAGCCAGUUUUAAUAUAUUAGCAGAGAAGGCGACCCCGGGACUUCAAGAUUUAUUAGACUAUAUCAGAUCAACAUGGUUAGACAGCAGCGUAUGGCCCCCAUCAACAUGGAGUGUAUACAACAAGAGUGUACAUACUAAUAACGACGUUGAGGGCUGGCACAGACGUAUUAAUGCAAAGGCUGGACGUUCACAUCUGCAGUUGUACGUGCUUAUCCCGUUUAUAUAUAGAGAAGCAAGAUUGGUUUCGAUUCAAGUGAGAUUGGUGAAGGAAGGAAAACUGAGAAGAUAUCAGCAAAAACAGUACAAGCGGAUCCAGGGUAAAUUAUUUAAUCUAUGGGAGAAGUAUGAGCAGAGAGAAAUAUCUACAUCAAAAUUACUACGCGCAUGUAGUAAAAUCAAUGGUCCAGGUCUGUAG